CCCGCUCCGCCCUCCUCGAAGUCGGAGGGUGCUGCGCGUGCGGUCGGUGCUGCUGUCGCCUGCCUGGGUUCUUAACGCGGUCUUUGUUUCCCCCCCCCCCCCCAGCUUUGUUCUCGCCGCGCUGGCGUCGUCGUCGCCCCCGUCGCCGCCUGCCCCGCGCGCCCGGGCCUUGCCCGCCAUGGUGGCCAGGCCCGAGCCUGAGGUCGAGGCCAUGGACGCUGAGCUGGCGGUGCCGCCGCCGGGCUGCUCGCACCUGGGCAGCUUCAAGGUGGACAACUGGAAGCAAAACCUGCGGGCCAUCUACCAGUGCUUCGUGUGGAGCGGAACUGCCGAGGCUCGCAAGCGCAAGGCAAAGUCCUGUGUCUGCCAUGUCUGCGGCAUCCACCUGAACCGGCUGCACUCUUGCCUCUACUGUGUCUUCUUUGGCUGUUUCACGAAGAAGCACAUCCAUGAUCACGCCAAGUCAAAGCGGCACAACCUGGCCAUUGACCUGAUGUAUGGAGGUAUUUACUGCUUUUUGUGUCAGGACUACAUCUAUGACAAAGACAUAGAAAUCAUUGCCAAAGAGGAGCAGCGCAAGGCUUGGAAGAUGCAAGGUGUUGGAGAGAAGUUUUCAACUUGGGAACCAACCAAAAGGGAGCUGGAACUGCUGAAGCACAACCCAAAGAGGCGGAAGAUCACCUCCAAUUGCACCAUAGGUUUGCGCGGACUGAUCAACCUGGGGAACACGUGCUUCAUGAACUGCAUCGUGCAGGCGCUGACCCACACUCCGCUUCUGAGAGACUUCUUUCUGUCAGAUAGGCACCGCUGUGAGAUGCAGAGCCCCAGCUCCUGCCUGGUCUGUGAGAUGUCCUCUCUCUUCCAGGAGUUUUACUCGGGGCACCGCUCCCCACACAUUCCGUACAAGCUGCUACAUCUGGUGUGGACGCACGCCCGGCAUCUGGCAGGUUAUGAGCAGCAGGACGCGCAUGAGUUCCUCAUUGCAGCCCUGGAUGUCCUCCACCGGCACUGCAAAGGUGAUGACAAUGGGAAGAAAGCUAACAACCCUAACCACUGCAAUUGCAUCAUCGACCAGAUCUUUACCGGUGGGCUCCAGUCUGACGUUACCUGCCAAGUCUGCCACGGGGUCUCCACCACCAUAGACCCCUUCUGGGACAUCAGUUUAGACCUGCCCGGUUCUUCCACCCCAUUCUGGCCCUUGAGCCCAGGGAGCGAGGGCAGUGUGGUUAAUGGGGAGAGCCACACAUCCGGCACCACCACUCUCACAGACUGCCUGCGAAGAUUUACCAGACCAGAGCACCUAGGAAGCAGUGCCAAGAUCAAGUGCAGCGGUUGCCAUAGCUACCAAGAGUCCACCAAGCAGCUCACCAUGAAGAAGCUGCCUAUUGUGGCCUGCUUCCACCUCAAACGAUUUGAACACUCAGCCAAACUUCGGCGGAAGAUCACCACAUAUGUGUCUUUUCCCCUGGAAUUGGACAUGACGCCCUUCAUGGCCUCCAGCAAAGAGAGCAGGAUGAAUGGACAGUACCAGCAGCCCCUGGACAGUCUCAACAAUGACAACAAGUACUCCUUGUUUGCUGUUGUUAACCAUCAAGGGACCUUGGAGAGCGGCCACUACACCAGCUUCAUCCGGCAGCACAAAGACCAGUGGUUCAAGUGUGACGAUGCCAUUAUCACCAAGGCCAGCAUCACAGAUGUGCUGGACAGUGAAGGGUAUGUCUGAUGUGCUGGACAGUGAAGGGUACCUACUCUUCUAUCACAAACAGUUCCUGGAAUACGAGUAGCCUCCUGCCUUGCUGGCCAGAAAAAAAGAGAGAGAGAACAAGUUGGCAAGCUUCCCGACAUGAUCCCUGCUCCCCCACAUCAGAACACCACGGUCCUCCUCCUGUGCAGGCGAGCCUCACACGCGGCCCCUGCAGCAGGAGAUGUCAGCUGGGAUGAGCUGCAAGUGCUGAGUGGACCAGCACCUGUCUGCUCAGCCUUGUAGGCUGGGGACGGUGUCUUCAGAGCAGACCGCCCUCCGCCUGGUGCUUCACCCUGCCUCCCACGUGGGUUUUAAAAGCACCUGCUUCCUGGAAAAUGAGCCCGUCAAAGCUGUAAGUGCCAGAGAUGAUGCCAGGGGCACAGAGCUUGCAGCCCUCCGGCAUGAAGGGCAGAGGGUGUGCUCUUCUUUCUAAAAUUGUAAGAUAGCCCGGGCCCAGGUUGAGGCCACCCACAGGCUACAAAUACAUCUGUCCGACAGAUAACUUAGUAUCAACUGCAUGUGGAAACAUCAGCUCGGAGGUUCCCUUUGUUUCUUAGAAAUAGGCGUCUUCUUCCCUCUACCCCAUUGUUCCUUUUCCUCGGUAGUGAAUUUUAUCAAUGUGAUAGUAGUGAGGUGAAUGAUCAUUGAGUUUAUAUUGAAUUCUAGACGACCCCUUCCCCUACAGGGAGCGUGUCUUGCUUUUUUAUCAGUGUUGUUUCCUUGCCCUGUGCCCUGCCUGCCUUCCUGCACAGUUAGCUGGUGGCCAGGCAGUGGAGACCACGGUCCCUGGGAUCUUGAUCUUUGCAGUAGAUCCCUUGGUGGUUCCAUUGGCCCAAUCUUCUCAUGUUUCUUCUUGGUCUCUGGCCUUUUGCCUGCCCAGGGAGGUUUAGUGGCUGCGUGAGAUUUGAAGCUCAGUGGUCCAGGUGGAGACUGCAUUGCACGGUGUCACCUGCUUGCCUCUGUUGAGUUCACUAUAGUUUCAAUUACAGCCAGAAUAAGAAGACUCCAUCACCAGUUCUGCUGGCAGGGUCAGUCGUGAAGUUUAUUGUAAGAUAUUUUGCAUGUAUCUCUGGACAAGGCCUAGGUUGUCCACGUCUAAGAAACUGAAAUCUAGGGUCUUGGUGUUUCUCCUUACACCACUGCCUUUUCAGUGGUGCUUGCCCAGGAGCCUGUUGGCACCCACCCCAGGAGUUUCAGGACAGGCAAGUAUUUCCUAAGAGCCAGGCUCUGAGCCGCAGGUCCAGAGCAGGUAACUCGUGCAUCAAGUUUGCAUAGCAAGUAUGGCUGUGAUUUAAAUUACAUAUAAUUAUGUGUACAAAAUUUUUUUUCACUAUUUGAAAAUAAGAUUUUUUUUUUU